UCAGAAAUGUUGAGACAAAAACGUAUGAACAGGUAUGAAGACAUUUUUUAGGUUAAGAUUUCAGUCGAAAUUCACGAGCGGCACCAAAAUUCCAACUGGUUACCUUUUAAGAAACUGUGAAAAGUUUUCAAUUGCGACAUGGAAACCCAGAAGGAUUCAAAUAGCUUAGGAACUAAAACAUCCUAUGCCGGUAUACCUAAAGCUGAAUUUGUUGAAGAUGUGGAUGCAUACAUGGCUCGGCCAGAAAACAACAGCCAUGUCGAUGAAGUGCUAAAAAAACUGGACGGUCAACAUGCAAAGUAUAAGUUUAUGGAAUACAACCUUAUAGCUAAGAAAACACGAUUGCAAAGCCAAGUUCCUGAACUGAAAAGAUCAAUGACAGUGAUCGAAAAAUUGGGAAAGCAAACAGAAGAGUUUGAUACCCAAUUUCUACUGAGUGAACAGGUCCUUGCCAGAGCGAAAGUACCUCCGACUCAAAAUGUAUGUUUGUGGCUCGGGGCUAAUGUAAUGUUGGAGUAUACCUUGGAAGAUGCCAAGAAACUUUUGACUCAAAAUAUAGCUGCUGCUGAAACCAAUUUGGAAUUUGUUAACCAGGACUUGGAUUUUCUUAGGGAUCAGUUUACAACCACAGAAGUCAAUAUGGCAAGAGUAUUUAAUUGGGAUGUUAAAAGGAGACAAGCAGCCAAAGCAGCAUCAAAAUAAUAAUGUGUGCAUUAAAGUGAAUUUAGUUUCGUUCUUAAGUUCUUUGAUCUUUGACUAACUUAGUGUACCGGGACGAUUGCAUAAGUGUACACUGUAACAACAGUCGCUUUAAUAUUUUGUGAAAUUGUACUUUUUCUCUAUCGGUAACCGAGCAUAUGAAUGGAUUUUCACAAUGUUGAGGCAUAUGUUUUCGGUAUACACCUAAAAUAGUUUUGACCGUUUGCUUGCUUACUUACUUACUACUUAAUAUAAUUUGAUAUAUUUUGCACA